UGGUGGGAUAUCAUACACCAAAGAAUUACACCAGAUUUUCCAUUGCCUUCUUUUUUUAUCUGGUCGAAAGACAAAGCACCAGAAAGAAUUCCUCCAAAAUUCCAUCAUCCUCGACAGAGUGCCAUUAUCUUAGCAAUGGGAGUUAAAAUCGUCGAAUAGUUUCGCUUUGAUGUUUGUGUGCAAAUGACUCUACAAACAACUCUUCAUGUUGUGAAUCAAGCCAUCCCUGAAUUGCCAUUCCCUCGCCUUCUGUUGGGGCCACCUCCACAUGCUUACUUGGUGGAGGGUGCACAGUACCCAUCAAUUGCAAUGCAGUCAAAUAAUCAAACAGCUUUUAUGAAGAACAUAUAUUGCACAUAUGCAUCUGUUAAUUACUCCCAGAGAGUGCACUCUGCUGGAAUGUUGCAACUCAGCCUUGGUGCAAGAGAGGCUUCUGAGAUUGGGAAACAUCUUCUACCACAACCAAAUACAGGCCUGCCAUUAAAGAAGAUAUUCAAUGAGGGCAUUCAGGUUGAUAGUGACUCAACCUCUGUAGGUAGCAUUAACAAUGAAAGUCACAAGGAAACCCAAAGAAGAAGAAAGAUAGGGCUAGCAAACAAAGGGAGAAUACCAUGGAACAAAGGCCGGAAACAUACUGCUGAGACCCGUGAGCUGAUCAGGCAGAGAACUAUAGAAGCUUUGAGAGAUCCUAAGGUGAGAAAGAAGAUGUCUGAAUAUCCACAUGCUCAUAGUGAGUUGAGCAAGGCAAGAAUAGGCCGUGCACUGAGAAGGGUUUGGGCGAAGCGCUUGAAAUGGACACGUUUAAAAGAGAAAUUCUAUUUAAAAUGGGAAGAAAGCAUAGCAGAAGCAGCAAGAAGUGGUGGAGAUGACCAACAAGAACUAGAUUGGGAUAGCUAUGACAAGAUAAAAGCAGAGAUGGCUAACCAGCAGCUUCAGUGGGCUGCAGACAAGGCAAAGGCAAGGGAGCUUGCAAAACUAAGAGCAGAGAGAGCAGCAAAGGCAAGAGCAGAAAAGAUGGAAAGGCUUGCCCAAAAGAGAAAAGAGAGGGAUCUGAAGCCAAAGGCUAGAGAACAAACACAAAAAAAGAUCCAGAGAAAAUCAAAGGAGGAGAAAGAAGAGUUGGCUAUUUCAAAGGAGUUAAAGCUCAAGGAGAGACUGACCAAGAUUCACAAAAAGAAGUCCAUGGAUGCUAAAAUCUCCAUGCAAAGGAAUAUGGUGAAUGGUCAUCAUCCAACUAUUGAGAAAUUGGAUCUUGAGUUUAUAAGAAGAGAGAAAAUGCGAAGAGCAGUUUCACUUGCAGAUCAAAUCCGGGCUGCCAAAAGCAAAAGGGUGGAAUGUGUAGCAGGGGAAGCAGUCACAAACUCUGUGGUUCAUCCUCCAGUUACUUGGCAGAAGGGAGAAAAGGAUGUUUAGUUUGGUUUCCCAACAUUUGUUGAAACAUGUCACGAAAGAUGGCACAGUGAGGUAUGGUGGAACCUGUGUUCUCAUGGUAAGGAGAUCUCAACAAAGCAAGCUCACGAUUAACAGUGGUUGUUCUCCAAGAUCACUUGAUAUGUGAGAUCAAAUAAACCUAUGCUAACUCUUUAUUAUGAGAGCAUAUUUAUGUUCCAUUAACUACAAGCUGCAUUUGUUGUUCCUGUAUAUCCUUGAUCAUGUUUCCAAACUUGAUGAGCCAUGUAAAGUUGAAGAACUCCUACUUCAUGUUGUACAAGAUGAAUUUAAUCAGUUCAUGGAGAUCAAAAACAAUUUCCAUAUUUUUACAUAAAUUGCACCUUCCCAAUAGUUGGGAUUUGGGAAAACUAUAUUGGAUUUAGUUGCAUCUCUUUCAGUUGGUGUUAUUGGUGUGUGUGUGUAUACAUACUCGGAAGAGAAAUAGAGAUCUGUAGAGUAUUUCUUGAUGCCACCUGUAGAAUACAUCAUGCCACUCAAAGACCCAACUGUUUGGACUAGAGAUCAAUUAGACCAAGUCCAGGGCCUGGUCCUACCUUUUCUUUCAAACCAAAAACAGCCAACGAGAAACGUCCAUUGUC